CCAGUCAGUUGGGCAGCAGACUUCAAACGCAACGGUUCGCUGCGCACGCAUUUGAAAACCGAUUCCGAUUCUGAUUCCGAUACCGAUUGCGAGUACACGAGUACGAGUACCUUUGUUUCGAUAACGAUACGAUAACUCAAGCAUGAGCGGCGAUAGUGAGAGUGAAAAUCAGCUGAGACGCGAUCGUGAUCUGGCCGAGCUUUGCGAAUGGUUUGCUUGCAAUGAGAAUCUGCCACAAGAAAUUGAGCCUCUACUGCUGCGCCGCUUUUAUCAGUGUAUGUACGGCCAUGUGGAGGACACCAAGAAGCUCAUCGAGGUGAACUAUGCUCUGCGCAACAAGCACCCGCAUCUGUUUAUCAAACGGGAUCCGCUGGACGACGACAGCCGUCGCACCUUUGACUAUGCGGAUAUAUUACCGCUGCCGGGACUGACGCCGGAUAACUACAAGGUGUCGCUCUACUGCUUCAAGGACUUUGAGCCGUCCAAGAUGCAUCACACAGAGGAUACGCGCGCAUUUUUUAUGGUCACCGACUGUCGCUUUAUAACGGUCGAUGAUCCGGCUCGACCCGAGCUGCUGUCGGAGGGCGAGGUGCAAAUCUUUGAUAUGAAGGGCACCACAAUGCGCCACAUAUCGCGUCUAACGAUUAGCACGCUGCGUGCCUAUAUCAAGUUCCUGCAAGUGGCGUUCCCAGUGCGCCUCAAAGCCAUCCAUAUGAUCAAUUGUCCCACGUAUCUGGAUCGCAUUGUGAGCGUGGUGAAGCCGUUCAUCAGCGAUGAGGUCUUCAGAUUGAUAAGAUUUCACACAUCCAACAUUGAAUCGCUGUACACGUUCGUGCCGCGUAUGAUGCUGCCCGAGGAAUACGGCGGCUGUGCCGGAUCGCUGGCCUCGCUGCGUGACCAGACCCAAAAGGUUCUGGCCGAGAAGCGGGACUAUUUAAUGGAUCCCAAUCAUUGGCACGUUGAGAAGCCCGAGAAGCGUAACGGUAAAUCGUGGAAACUGUUUAACUGAGGCGACUGCACUAAGACCUAUUGACAUUUUUUUUUUAUAGCUGUAUUAUUUGAAUUUGUUUGAUUUUUGUUGAUAAUUGUGUAGCUUUUGUAUUUGCUAUGUUGUGUGUUUGUAUAUAAUAUUGGAAAUAUGGGAUUGUUCCUUUGAGGCUUAUUAAACGGAU